AUGAGUGCGAAAUUUAUCUUAUUGGAAACAAUAGACAUCUUCGGAAUUUUUCCGCACUACCAGACACUGCUCGGAGCGUUUCUGAUCCUGUGGUUGAUAUGGUUGUUUGCAAAACGUCGUUACAACGCAGCAAGUUCAUCAAGACAGCCCAGUGAGGAGCAAGUCCUCGCCAAGCUGUCAAUCUGGCACCCGGAGCCUUUGAUCGCCGAGCUGCAGAAUCCGGCUCACCCGUCGCUGAAUCCACGAGUGGUUUCCUCGGUGUCGGGAAAGCGGAUCACCGUUGACGGCAAAGACUGCCUCAACUUGGGAAGUCACAACUACUUGGGGCUGCUCGGGGAUGAGCGAAUCAAGGAGAAGGCUGCCAAGACGGUGCAAAAAUACGGAGUGGGUUCCUGUGGCCCCAGGGGAUUCUACGGGACCGUCGACGUGCAUCUGGAGCUGGAGGAGCGGCUGGCUAAGUACAUGGAGGCUGAGGAAGCUAUAGUCUACUCCUACGGGUUCAGCACCCUGGCCUCGGCCAUUCCGGCGUAUUGUAAGCGUAAAGAUAUUAUUUUUGCAGAUGAAAAGGUUAAUUUUGCCAUUCAGAAGGGCCUGGAUGCCACCAGGUCGCCCGUUCGCUACUUCAAACACAACGACGUCCAGGAUUUGGAACGCUUGUUGCUCGAGCAAGCUGCUGUUGACAAGAAAGACCCGAAGAAAGCAAGCAAAGUGAGGAGGUUCCUCAUCGUCGAGGGGAUUUACAUCAACACUGGACUCAUUUGCCCCCUCCCUGAUCUGGUCAAACUCUGCAGGAAGUAUAAAUUAAGGAUUUUUGUUGAUGAAUCCAUCUCAUUUGGUACUUUGGGGAAAAAUGGUAAAGGUGUUACUGAACAUUUUGAUGUUCCACGUCAUGAAGUCGACAUGAUAAUGGGUUCCUUAGAAUGGGCAAUGGGAUCAAUAGGAGGAUUCUGUGUCGGCUCGACCUACGUAAUCGAGCAUCAACGACUAUCUGGACUCGGUUACUGUUUCUCAGCAUCCCUUCCACCAUUGCUAACAGCAGCAGCAAUUACAUCUCUCGACAUAAUCGAAGAAGACCCGAGUAUAUUAAAAGCUCUCCAGAAUAAUUGCCGCGCCAUGCAGAAAAAGUUAGGCGAGCUCAAAUACUUUGAGCUUUCAGCGCUCCCAGAGUCGCCGGUCAAGCACUUGUUUUUGAAAAAUAGCUUCGAGAGAGCUCAGGAGGAAGAGCUGCUGAUGAAAAUUAGCGACAAGUGUAUCCAGAAUUACUUAGCAGUCAUUCCACCAGUUUAUUUGAAAGCCGAGCGGGAACUACCUCGUCCCAGUUUGCGCUUGUGUAUUUCAAGUACCUUGGAUAAUCAAGACAUGGAGUUUGUUGUCCAGACUCUUGAAAAAUGUUCUAAAGAAAUACUGGAUUAA